AUGAUUGUAGCAAUAGUAGAGGCCACUCCUCCUGGAAUAGCUGACCAUCCAAGCCAUUCUCAUUGCUCUGAUGAUGAGAUCAAACAAUGCAAAAAUCUUCCACAUGUUUGUCCCAAAUUCUGUCCUAAUGGAUGUAUAACUGAGUGUCGUUCCUGUAAACCUAUUUGCAUUGAUGGCCCAUCGCCUCCUCCCUAUUACCCUCCUCCAUCAACAUCUCCCAAAAAAGUUAAGUGUAAGAGCAAAGACAAAAAAUAUCUCAAAUGUUACGAUCAACAACAUAUAUGCCCUAGUAGUUGCCCCGGUACUUGUCAAGUUGAUUGUGUCUCUUGCAAACCUGUUUGCAGCUGUGACAAGCCAGGAGCAGUUUGCCAAGAUCCACGUUUUAUUGGUGCUGAUGGAAUUACUUUCUAUUUUCAUGGCAACAAGGAUAAAGAUUUUUGCUUGGUCUCAGACUCUAACCUUCACAUCAAUGGCCACUUUAUUGGAAAACGAAAUGAAAACAUGAAGAGAGACUUCACUUGGGUUCAAGCCAUUGGUAUCUUAUAUGGUACUCACAAGAUCUCUAUUGGAGCACAAAAGACAUCAACAUGGGAUGAUGCCAUCGAUCGUCUUUACCUAAACUUUGAUGACGAAUCUAUUCUUCUCCCAAACAAAGAAGGCGAAAGAUGGAUGUCUGAAUCUGAACCAACAACAUACAUCACUCGAACAAGCAACACGAACGAAAUUGUAAUCGAAGUUGAAAAUAUUUUCAAGAUUACAGCAAAGGUGGUGCCAAUUACAGAGAAGGAAUCGCGAGUUCAUAACUAUGGCAUAACACAAGACGAUUGUUUUGCUCAUCUUGAACUUGGAUUCAAAUUUUUCACGCUCAGUGAUGAAGUGAGUGGUGUUUUGGGACAAACUUAUAGAAGGAAUUAUGUGAGCAGAGUGAAAAUGGGUGCUUCAAUGCCUGUAAUGGGAGGUGAUAAAGAGUUUUCAGCUUCAGGACUAUUUAAUGCUGAUUGCUCUGUUUCUAAGUUUCAAGCAGUAAAUGAGGGUUCGUUGAAUAAUUUGGAGAUGCCUAGCUUGAGAUGCAAUAGUGGAAUUUAUGGACGUGGAGUUGUCUGCAAGCGCUAGAAUGUUUUGAUUAAACACUAAUUGUUGCUCGCGAAUAAAUUAAAAAAAAUAAGGUUUAGAAACCAAAAGAAUGUACCUUGUUUUAAAUUUCUCCUCAAAUAAUAUUAAGUUGUGUAAUUUAUUUAUUUAAAAAGUAU